AAGGCUAAGGUCCUGAGGAGGAUGUGGCUGCAGAAUUUACUUUUCCUGGGCAUUGUGGUCUACAGCUUCUCAGCACCCACCCGCUUGCCCAACCCUGUCACCCGGCCCUGGAAGCAUGUAGAUGCCAUCAAAGAAGCUCUGAGCCUCCUAAAUGACAUGCGUGCUCUGGAGAACGAAAAGAACGAAGACGUAGACAUCAUCUCUAAUGAGUUCUCCAUCCAGAGGCCAACAUGUGUGCAGACCCGCCUGAAGCUAUACAAGCAGGGUCUACGGGGCAACCUCACCAAACUCAAUGGCGCCUUGACCAUGAUAGCCAGCCACUACCAGACAAACUGCCCUCCAACCCCGGAAACUGACUGUGAAAUAGAAGUCACCACCUUUGAGGAUUUCAUAAAGAACCUUAAAGGCUUUCUGUUUGAUAUCCCUUUUGACUGCUGGAAGCCGGUCCAGAAAUGAGGAGGCCCAGGCCAGCUCUGGAUCCACUUUCUCAGAUUGCACUUUUGUGCCUGCGUAAUGAGCCAGGAACUCAGGAUUUCUGCCUUAAAGGGACCAAGAUGGGAACACAGCCACAGUGGGGGGCAGUAUAGCCCUCUGAAACCACGGACUCAGACAGGACAGCGGAAGACAAAGGAGAGAUAUUUUCUACU